AUGCCCGUCACGAUUCGUCAAACUGCUCCCAACUUUUGUUUGAAUGGAGCUCAAGGAACUGAAACAAUUUCCAAUAUUUCGCUUGAUAACUACAAGGGAAAGUGGGUAAUUCUGUUGUUCUACCCCAUGGAUUGGACUUUCGUUUGUCCCACCGAAAUAUUCGCUUAUAAUGAUGCUGCUGACAAGUUGGCUGCAGUGAACACUGUGGUGCUUGGAAUUUCUGGAGAUUCUCCUUAUACUCAUUUGAGUUGGUUGAAGGCAUCCCGUUCUGAGGGUGGACUGGGUGGUCUUAUCAAUAUUCCGUUGCUUUCGGAUGUGACUCGUGAGACGAUGAAGAACUAUGGAGUAUACAAUGAAGAUAAAUCGGGUUUGGAUUAUGCUCAAGCUUUCCGAGGAUUGUUCUUGAUCGAUCCGAAUCAGAAAAUCCGUCAUAUUUAUAUAAAUGAUAAUGGAGUUGGUCGUAGUGUGGAUGAAACGAUCCGUGUGAUCAAGGGACUUCAGUUCAGUGAUGUACACGGAGAAGUCUGUCCUGCGAACUGGCACGAAGGUGAUAAAACUUUCGUUCCUAACAAUGCAGGAAUCUCGAAGUUCUUGGUGAAUUUGAAGAAGUAAAAAUACUAAAUGUGUGAUAUGAUAGCAUUUUUG